UCGAUCCGGCUCAGUCCGCCGACGACCGCGACCGACGCCGCACGUGUCGCCCGCGCUCAAACGCACCGGUAUCUGGAAAAUAAAUUAAAAAAACACGCGUCCUACAGCUACCGUCCUGCCUUUUCUAUGUGGUUCUUCCUCGCAACACCAGUUAUUUUGCCAGUAUUAUCGUAUGUUUCAAUAGCAAAGUGACUGUGUUAUUUUCGAUACGUUUUACUUACAUUAGUUUGUGCGAUUAGUGUAGAAUUGUAAAUAAACAAUGGCGACAGGUCAUUGUGAGUGACAUGGAUUCCGCCCUGUAGUUGUCACCGCCACAUUGAAUAAUGUCGAAGACUUUAAACGCCUACAGAAUCAAGAAGAUCGAAUCCCUGGGCAGGAUGACUCAGAUGUCUCAGGAGGAGAUGGUGGCGGGCGCGCGCACCGUGGCCGCGGGGCUCGAGGCUCUCAGAGCUGAACACUCACAGCUGCUGGCAGGACUCGCCGCCAACACCGACCAUGAGAGUGAAAAGGCGUCGUUAGUGCGCAAGAGCAUUGAUGCGAUCGAGUUGGGGCUGGGAGAAGCGCAGGUGAUGAUGGCACUGGCCUCCCACCUGCAAUCAGUGGAAGCCGAGAAGCAGAAGCUCCGCACUCAGGUCCGCCGACUCUGUCAGGAGAACGCGUGGCUGAGAGACGAGCUGGCGGCAGCUCAGCAGAGACUGCAGGCUUCAGAGCAGAAGGUGGCUCAGUUGGAUGAAGAGAACAAGCAUCUUCACUUCAUGGCUUCUGUCAAGAAGUACGACAGCGACAUCACGGAGGAGUCUGACACGAGUCGCAGCGGCGGCGCCGACAAGCGGGACGACCCCAUGGUGGACCUGUUCCCAGAUGAUGAGCACAUCGACAACAGGAAUAAUAAAUCCACAUUGGAUGAACACGGCAACGCGAUGUCACCAACCCCGCCGUCGCAGUUCGCGCAGCAAGUGAACGCGGGCUACGAGAUCCCGGCGCGUCUGCGCACUCUGCACAAUCUGGUCAUACAGUACGCGUCUCAGGGACGGUACGAGGUGGCAGUGCCGCUGUGCAAGCAGGCUCUUGAGGAUCUGGAGAAGACCUCGGGACAUGACCACCCGGAUGUCGCUACCAUGCUGAACAUCCUGGCUUUGGUGUACAGGGACCAGAACAAGUACAAGGAGGCCGCGAACCUGCUGAACGACGCGCUGUCGAUCCGCGAGAAGACCCUCGGAGAGAACCACCCGGCCGUCGCCGCCACGCUGAAUAACCUGGCUGUGCUGUAUGGGAAGCGGGGUAAAUAUCGCGAGGCGGAGCCACUGUGCAAGCGCGCGCUCUGCAUCCGCGAGUGCGUGCUCGGGCGGGACCACCCCGACGUGGCCAAGCAGCUCAACAACCUGGCGCUGCUGUGUCAGAACCAGAACAAAUACGAAGAGGUGGAGCAGUACUACCAGCGGGCCCUCGAGAUCUACGAGAGCAAGCUCGGGCCCGACGACCCCAACGUGGCCAAGACCAAGAACAACCUCGCCUCCUGCUAUCUGAAACAGGGCAAAUACAAGGAAGCGGAGACACUGUACAAGCAGGUGCUGACCCGCGCGCACGAGAGAGAGUUCGGGACCAUCGACGGCGACAACAAGCCCAUCUGGCAAGUGGCCGAGGAGCGUGAGGAGAACAAGCAUCUUCAGAAGGAGAACGCUCCUUAUGGCGAAUACGGAGGCUGGCAUAAGGCUGCUAAGGUGGACUCACCCACAGUGACCACGACCCUCAAGAACCUGGGCGCCCUCUACCGGCGCCAGGGCAAGUACGAGGCGGCCGAGACGCUCGAGGACUGCGCGCUGCGGAGCCGCAAGGAGGCUCUGGACAUCGUGAAGCAGUCCCGAGCCCGCAGCGCGCGCCACGGCAGCCGCGACUCUAUGGAGGUGUCGGCAGAGGCGCACGACGAGGGCACCAACCAGGCGAGUGAGCCCCGAAUGAACCUAAAGUCUAAGCUGUUCAAUGCACUAGGCAUCAACACGGGGAGCAAUGCGCCGCACCAGUAGAAUAGCCACAUGACCCGUAGCGGAAUAAGAAUAAGUGUUAAGAUACAAGCUUCCCGACGGCCGGGCGUGCCUGGCAGUCCUCUGCAUUGUAUAGUGUGAACCGGGAUGUGCCUCGCCUUGGGGGUGACAGGCGUAAGAGGGGAGAGGAAUCAAAAAAUGAUAAGUGAGUCAUAUGUGGUUAUACUCCUAUUUCUCUCUAGAUUCCCAAGGCGAGGCGUUUCUUUCGGUCACACUAUAGCAAAUGAUAUUUUAAAAAAAACGGUGCAUUUAAAUACAAUGCAAACGACUGGCAAUGUAGAUUAUAGUAUUAUUUAUGAAUAGCAUGCGGUAAGAUGAAAAAAUAAAACUUAAAAAAUACGUGUGAUAGAUAUUAUUGCAUGGGCCGUCCUAGAAUUAGGUGAUUGUAUUUUUAAAUUUUAAUGUUUGGAGGCGGUGCAAAAUUUUAAGGAUCGUUUUUGUUUUUAAAUCAUGACACCUCAGUCGUUAUGUUGUAAAUGUAAAGUUGCAUUUAUUGGAUAGUGGAUUGUAGGAACUGUGUACCUACAUGUAUUUUCUUAUUUUACCAUUACUGGCGCAUGUUUCAACAACGAUUUUUUAUUUGCUUACAAUUUUAUUCGAUUUUAUUUUGCUGAUUUAUAUUCUUUUUGUUUCGUCUUUUAAGUAUAAUCAUUGCAUGAAUGUGAUUAUUGUAAUGUCGUGCAUAAAUUCAGUACAAAUUCUUAGUGUCGAUUCAAUGUCGGUCAGUAAAGAAUUAUAUGUGAAUUUUAAUUUUGUUUUGCUAAAUGAAUCAGGUUAUUUUAUGAUGAUGAUUUUUAUUUUAUUUGUUUAACUAUUUUUACUCAAUUUUAUCAAUUAUAAUACCUAAUUAAUGCUUAAAUUUUAAACUUUCAUUCCAGUGUAGUGUGUUUUGGUCUAAGCUUUAUGUGUAUGUGAGAGAGUAAAUAGUGAUAUACAUAAUAUAGUAUUUUUAUAUAAGUAAACUUUGAAAUUAUUUCAAAUAAUGGGUGCUGUAUGUAUGUCAAAUAUUUUAUCUAUAUGCACUAGUUUUAAAUCGACGACAAAACCUAUUUUCCUUAGAAUUUUCAAUGAUUUACUGAAAUUUACAUGGAAUCUCUCCAUUGGUUUGCUUGUCACAAUACUUGUACUAAGCAUCAUACUCUAUAUUUUAAAUAACAGUCUCGAUAUUGCAUCGAUUAUAUUAUUUUAAAUUGUUAAUAAAUAUUUCAAUAACUA